CGAGCCUCUCUGACAUCACCAGAGAGGAAGCUGCACUCCAGCUGGUCCUGGUUCUGGUUCUGAUCCUGAUCCUGAUCCUGGUUCAGGUCCUGGUCCUGAUGGGGUCAGACGGGGCCGCGGGUUCGGCCCAGGUCCGCCUACAGGUGGUGUCGGACUCGGAGCUGUCCUUCCCCGGGUCUCCGUACUCCGUGUCGGUGCUGCAGGUCGGCUACUGCGUCCCCCAGAGCGACGGCUCCUGCCGGGCCGACGGCUCCGUCAGCCUGCUGACGGGCCCCAGCACCGUGCUGGUGGACACCGGGGGCCCCUGGGGCCGGGACUCCCUCCUGCAGGCCCUGGGCCGGAGGGGCGUGCAGCCCCGGGACGUCCACGUGGUGGUGGGGACGCACGGACACUCGGACCACGUGGGGAACCUGAACCUGUUCCCGGAAGCGCUCACGGUGGUGGGCUGUGACGUCAGCCAGGGGGACCGAUACCUGUCCAGCGGGCUGGGGGAGGGACAGGUGUACCGCCUGGACGACCACGUGAGCAUCGUCCCCACGCCAGGACACAGCGGUCAGGACGUCAGCGUCCAGGUGACGGGGACCUCUGCCGGCACCGUGCUCGUUGCAGGGGACUUAUUUGAGUGCUGCUCUGAUGAGAACACUUGGAGGGACGUGAGUUUGAACCCUCAGCUACAAGAGGUGAACCGACAGAAGGCCCUGGGGACCGCUGAUGUCAUCGUCCCGGGACACGGACUUCCUUUCAGAGUCCUGAGGGACUGAUGACGCCGUGAGGAGGGUUGGUUGAUCUGACAUGUUGGUGGAGGCCGAGGACACGCCCCUGUAUGCGGACGACACCGUCCAUUCGUGGAGGACCCGCUCACCUCAGGUGUUCCAACCCCAAUCUAGAAAAUAAAGUUAUUUUCAGAAGCU